GUCAGCUUAAAUAUUUUAGCCGUUCGAAAUGACAGGAGCUUUAAAUUGGUGUUGUGUAUGGAGUUUAUUUUUGGUUGGAGUUGCUGCUGAUAUUUUAGACUGUGAUUUCUUUGAUACGGUAGACCUAACAAAUACAAUAAGAUUCGAGAAUGGAUCCUAUAAAUACGAGGACCUCAUUAUUCCUGCUGGCCUUACAGGAGAGUAUAAUUUUACGAUCCUCGACGAUGGAAGCAGAAUUUCAUAUCCUAACCACUUCAGAGGAUGUGCUUGCAAGUUAAGGCCGUGUAUUCGAUUCUGUUGCCAUCACAAUAAAUUAAUGAGUGAUAAGAGCUGUUCCCAUCAAGAUUACUGCUUUCAGCCUUGGAAGUCGGAAACCGGCGAAAACUAUUCCAUUGUACCCUAUAAUUGUAUCAUAGAACCCCCAAUGACCAUGGCCUAUGUAAAAUUAGUGUCCGUUGUGUUUAUCGCCUUGACAAUAGCAGUCUACUUGUGGCUACCAAUGUUUCACAACAUCCAUGGAAUGUGUUGCAGUCUCUAUUUCACCUGUCUUAUGAUUUCCUUUAUCCUCAAUGUAUUAAGUUCGUUUGGAAUAUUUGAGACAAGAUUUAUGUGUCUUAUGAACGGUUACGCCGGAUACUAUGCAGUAAUUGCCACAUUUCUUUGGCUGUCGGUGAUCAGUUUUGAUCUCUGCAGUAGAUUCGGUUUGCAUCGGUUUCAUGAACGUACUAGAAACAUUGGAAAGGCUUUUUUUAAUUAUAAUCUAAUCGUUUGGAGUACUGCCGGCAUCUUAACCUUAGUUAUUGUUCUUGUUGAUAUAUGUUUCCCAUUUUCUGGAGACAUUAAUAAUAGUUGUGUGCCAGCGGUCGGCGUGUAUUCCUGCUGGAUCAUGACUGAAGGCUGGUCCGCAAUGAUCUACCUAUAUACUCCGAUCUCCAUAUUAAUUUUGUUCAACCUUACAAUGUUUAUUUUAACGGUCAAACAUAUUUAUGAGGAGAGCAACCAAAGGAAAAUUCUUGGACACUUCGAGGAAAAAGAAAAGUCAAGAAACCGAACAAAUUUCACCCUUUAUAUUUAUCUGUUCAUCAUCAUGGGUGGUUGUUGGUUUUUGGAAGUAGUUGCUUUUAUAUGUGAAAUGGACAACAUAUUAGCUCCUUUAAUCCUUUUGAACGAAAUUAUAAACUGCAGUCAGGGCAUUAUAAUAUUUAUGGUUACAGUUUGCAACAAGGAGUUGCUUAAAAACAUCCGGGAUCGACUUUUUUCAAAACGGAACAGAGGCUUUGAUUUUGACACUUGCACAAUAACGCAAGAUUGUCAUCUGAUGGAUCCAGUGAAGUAA